AUGGGGAGUGGUAAGUGGCUAUCUCUAGGCCUACACAUGUACGUUAAUGUAAAUCUAUCUGAUCUACCUGCAGGGCAGGGCCUUGUUCAAACUCCAUAACAUGGUUUGCCCAGGAAAAUACAAAUGUUAGCAGACUCUCCCUUAAGUGAGUCUAAUCAGACAUUCCUGGGGCGUUUAAACACUAUGGUUCCUGUCCACAGCCUCUGGUCUGAUCCCAGAUCAGCUAAACAGAGGGCUGCUCUGUCCCCCUGUCUUGAUUCCCAGAGCUAGUUUCACUUAUGCUGGCCAUGGUUGGCUCUCUUAAUCAAAUAAGCUUUUGUUUUAUACAGAAAUCUAGUUAGUAGGCAUUUCCCUCUUUUUCUACCGGCUUUGUAUCAACCUCUGCCUCUUUAUCUCUCUGCAUCUCGUUUUCCCUCCGUCUGUCUGCCUCUCUGGUCUGUCUUUCUUUUUCUCCCCUUUCUUCUCUUCUCUCUCCCUUCAUCUCUUCUCUUUCCCUUCAUCUCUUCUCUUUCCCUUCCAUCCCUUCUCUCUCCCUUCAUCUCUUUCUCUCCCUUCAUCUCUUCUCUCUCCCUCCCUUCAUCUCUUCUCUCUCCCUCCCUUCUUCUCUUUCUCUCCCUUCAUCUCUUCUCUCUCCCUCCCUUCAUCUCUUCUCUCUCCCCCUUCAUCUCUUCUCUCUCCCUCCCUUCAUCUCUUCUCUCCCCUCCUCUCCUCGCUUCAUCAUCUCUUCUCUCCCCUCCGCUUCUCUUCCUUCUCUCUCCCUCCCUUCAUCUCUUCUCUCUCUCUCCCUUCAUCUCUUCUCUUUCUCUCCCUUCAUCUCUUCUCUCUCCCUCCCUUCAUCUCUUCUCUCUCCCUCCCUUCAUCUCUUCUCUCUCUCUCCCUUCAUCUCUUCUCUCUCCCCCUUCAUCUGCUGUCUCUCACUCUUCUGCUCUCUCUCCCUUCAUCUCUUCUCUCUCCUCCCUUCAUCCUCCUUCCCUCUCUCCCUCCCUUCAUCUCUUCUCUCUCUCCUCCCUCCCUCAUCUCUUCUCGCUCUUCUCCCUCAUCCUCUCUCAUCUCUUUCCCCCUCCCUCUGCUUCUCAUCCCCUCCCUUCAUCUUCUCUCUCCCCCCUUCCUCUCGUCUCUCCCCUCUCUCUCUCCCUCCCUUCAUCCUUCCUCUCUCCUCUCCUCUCCUUCAUCUCUUCCUCGUGCCCUCCCGUUCAUCUCUUCUCCCUCACUCUCUCAUCGUCUCCUCUCUCUCCCUCCCUUCAUCUCUUCUCUCUCUCUCCCUUCAUCUCUUCUCUCUCCCUCCCUUCAUCUCUUCUCUCUCCCUCCCUUCAUCUCUUCUCUUCUCUCUCCCCGUAUUUUCCCACCACAUCUCUCUCUUGUUUUCUCCCUCCCUACACAUCUCUCUCUGACAGUGUUCCUGCCGUCGGACCUCGCCAACACAGUGCUGAGGCGUCUGCGCAGGGACAACGGCUACCUGCUAGAGGAGAUCCAGCAGGGCAACAUCCAGAGAGAGUGCAGGGAGGAGAUCUGCACCUACGAGGAGGCCAGGGAGGCCUUUGAGAACGAUGAGAAAACUGUGAGUGAGACACACGCAACCAGGGUCGGGGUCAAUUCCAUUUCAAUUCAGUCUAUUAAGGACGUAAACUGAAAUUGUAAAUUGUUCUCAUAUGCUAAGCAUUAAGGACAAUUUCAAUGUUUGACUUCCUUGUUUGUUUACUUCCUAGAUUGAAAUGGAAUUGACCCCAACCCUGUAUGCAACACACAAUGCUCUUUGUUUUUCUCUUGCUCCCUCAUUGACACACACACACACACAUUCACUCUAACAAAAACACUUGUAGUCCUACUCCAGUGUGCUGGCCUGUGGAAUGUUCCUGUUUUUCAGGAAGGGAUGAUAAUCAGCAGGAAGAGCAGCUGACUCCCUGAGAGAGAGCUGCUCAGCAGGGAGAGGAUCAUUACUGUAACUUGUCAGGGGUGGGAAGGCACAGUCAGUCACGCAGAGCGAUGUAAUGCAGCACGCACAUGUGGACAGCUGUGUGUGUAUGCGUGUGUGCUUUCUGGAGCGUGACAUUCAGAAUGUUCCAGGUGGAAAUGGAAUUUCUAGAACGCACAUUCCAUAUUACAGUGAAAUCUUUGAUUAUUUGUUAUGUUCACGUUAAUUUCUUUGUUAUAUUCUGUAACAUAUAACUCAAUGCCCAUGAGUUUAUACUAAGCGGAUAAUUCUGACGGUGUAUCUCUCUGAUUGGCCGCAGCAACGGUUCUGGGAGGAGUAUGUGCGGGAGAGCAGUGGCGGGCUCCAGUUGGAGGGUGGAGUCCACUCCCUCUACCUGAUCCUCCCCUUGCUCCUGGUGCUCCUCCUGAUCUCCGGCGUGGCCAUCACCGUGUGGCGCUGCCACUCCCGCAAGCGCUCAGAACGCAGCCCCGCCCUGGGCCGCUCCCACCGGGACCCCACCCUAUCGUUGGUCUCCAUGGACCAGUGGGGGCGGGACUUCCAACUCCAUGACCACUCGGAGCUCAGCGUCAACAGCAGCCGCACCUACCCGGGCUCGGAGGUUACGUCGUCGAGGGGAGGCAGAGGAGACCCGCCGCCGUCUUACGAGGAGGCGGUCGGCCACACGGAUGUGCACAUAGAGACAGAGCCGCCGCCUCAGUAUGAGGACAUCAUUGGCCAUGGGAAGUGAAGUGACCCC